AUGUUUCGGGCCAAUUCGGGGCCCACUGGAGGCCUUGGACAAUGGGAAGAGUUCCCGUGCGCCAAAAAAGAGGAGAAUAAAGUUUGUGGGUGAGUUUUUUCGGGGCUCGUUGUGAACUUUGGAGCAUUUUGACACCAAACACGGUGAAUUUUGGGAUGAAAUUUGAAAUUCCAAUCAAAAUACACCGUGUUUGGUGUCAAAAUGCUCCAAAUUCCAUGAAAAAUCCCAAAAAUUCACAAAUUCUCUACAGAGAUUCCGAAAUUCUCGUCGAAUCCUACUGUGAAGUUCGCACAACUCGUCUAACAAUGAGCGGAGCCUACAAAUGCUCCGCCACAAUUCCCACGGAUCCCAAUCGACAUCGAGCUGUCAGUUCGGAAUUUCCGAUUAACGUUGUUGGAAUUCAGGCGCCUACAGUAAUCUCGUCGCAUUUGCCGUUGCACAAAAAUGGAGAGAUUGAGAUUGAGGUGAGCAAUUUUGGGAGGCCCAAAAAUUACUGUAGUUUUUUUUUCAAGCAUUUUGAUAAGAAGUAAGCCUUGGGUUACUGUAGGCCUAGGAAAUUCCGCAUUUUUUGACACCAAACAUGCAUAGGCUUGGGUUACUGUAGUUUUUUUCGGGCCAAAAACUUGGGUUACUGUAGCUCCUAUAUUUUGCGCUAAAAUUAAGUUCCAGAUUUUUUGAAUACAGUAACCAGGUCUACAGUAAUCUGAAAAAUGUUUAUUGGUUACAGGAACCCGGAUUACUGUAGCUUUUUUUUUGAGAAAACUACCGUAACCAGGGACAUUUCAGUAACCCUCGAAAUUCUCUGAGAUUACUGUAGUGUCUUCUGACACACUACAGUAACCCUGUGUUUGUUUGGUUUCAAAAAUUCCAAAUUUUCGCACAAAAUUUGAUCUACAGUAAUCUAAAGUUUUUCGCGCCAAAAUUGAUCUACAGUACCCCUAGGCAUGUUUGGUCUCAAAAAAUGCAGAAAUUUUGAGCCUACCGUAACCCUAGACAUGUUUAAAAUCAAAGCGCGUCAAAUUUCCGUGCCAACAAAACCUACAGUAACCCGCUCAGAUCUGCGCCAAUCCCAAACCCGAAAUCAUCUGGCACACAUCCGACGGUCUUCUCUACGAAAAACAAUCCACGUCACGUUUCGCCGCCACGUCACUUUCCGCCCGAAAAUCCUCAUUCGGCUCCGCCCCCCUACAAUCAAUUCCCUAUUGUUAUUCGACAUCUUUGCUGAUACACCGUGUCAACGAAAACGAUGAAUUUAGGCUAACUAUCAAGGGAGAACUGACGAGUUUGCAUGAGAAGAUUAGUGUUAGAGUUAAGGUAGGGAAUUUUUUUGGAUUCCACGUGGAAUUUGACGAUUUUAGACACCAAACAUGAUAUAUUUUCCGAUUUUUCCAGGCCUCCUCCUCAAACUUCACAAUUCUCUCAAUUCUUCUAAUCUUCAUCUCGCUUUACUAG